AUGAUCGCGCUCGCGUUCCUCGCGCUCGCCGCCUUCGCGGCGCCGGAGACGCCCAUCCACGAGCAGAUCCGCGCCUCGCUGGCCGCCGGCGAGACGGCGCUCCAGGCGUCGCGCUGGCGCGCGUCGAGCGAGGCCUACGAGCGCGUGCUGCAGCUCAUGCGCAGCAACUCGCUGCAGAUCAACAUCGCCGCGGAGAGCCAGCUCUACAACAACGUGGGCUGGGCCGCGUUCCGCCUCGGCGAGUACGAGCGCGCGCUCGCGCGGUACGAGGCGAGCGCGCGGAGCUGCGACCGCGCGCUCGUCGAGGGCUUCUCCGAGUGCCUGAACAAGGUCUACGACAACCUGCACGAGCUCGUGCACAAGACGCUCAAGCGCCGGGGCCUCGCCAUCGAGUGGAUGCGCGAGGGCGUCGAGAGCGCCGCGCGCGCCGCGAGCCGGCGGGGCCUCGUCGGCGGCGCGGCGCUGCGGCUCGGCGAGGUCGUGCGCGUGCGCCUCGGCUACCUGCUCGUCCUCCACGGCAGCCUCGACGAGGCCGAGGCGACGCUGCGCCCCCUCCUCGAGGCCGCGGCCGGCGAGGCCGCGGCGAACGCGACCGCGGGCGCCGCGGCGCCGCGCGGCGUCUUCGGCGCGCCGCGCGCGUUCGACGCGCGGCGCCGCGCGCUCCUCCAGGAGGCGGCGACCUACGUGGGCUGGUCCCGGGCCUUCCGGCGGGACUGGGCCGGCGCGAGCGACGCCCACGUGACGGCCGCGGCCCUCGCGCUCCCGCGCGACGCGUCGGGCUGCGCGCGGCCGCGGUGGCGCGUCCAGGAGGGCUGGUUCUUCCCCGGCGCCGCCGCCGGCGACGACGAGGCGGCGGACCCGGGCGCCUUCGCCGGCGAGAGCUGGACCGUCCACGCGCUGCCCGUCGCGGACGUCAACUGGGCGCCCAAGCCCGCGUCCGCGCCGCGAUGCGUCGCGCGCCGCGCCGCGGGCGCGCCCGUCGCGGGCUGCGGCGGCGCGCGCACGGACGGCGGCGUCGCGCGCGUGCGCCUCGUGGAGAUCCCCGACGCCUUCCUCGGCGGCCGCGACGGGUCCGCGCUCUGGCAGCGGAAGCCGCACUGCGUCCUCUUCGCGGGCGAGAUGGGCGCGUCCGGCAGCCUCCCCACGGACUGGGGCUCGCCGGGCGUCAACGGCGGCCUCGAGGCGUCGGCCUCGGACGACGAGGACCGCGUCCCCGCCGACGCGCUGAACUCGGCGCCGGGCGACGUCGUCGCCAUCGAGGCCGCCGUCGUCCUCUUCGACGCCCGCGAGGGCCACAAGAUGUUCUGGCACCACCAGGCCGAGUGCGUGAGCCGCCUCGCGCUCGUGCUCGCGCGCCUCUUCGACCGCGACGGGUCCCCCGCGGCGCACCUGCCCCAGAAGACGCGCGCGGCGCUCCAACGCGCCGUCGUCCUCUUCCCCUCGUCGCUCACGGCGACGGUGCGCGCCCUCGUCCGCGCGGGCCACGGCACCGCGCGCGCCCUCGAGCGGUCGCGGCGCCUGAGGCCCUACGAGUGGCGCGCGGGCCGCGUCUACUCGUUCCACACGGCGUUCGUCUUCGAUUGGCCGCCGCCGACGCCCAACACGGUCUCCGUCGAGCCCGAGAUCUGGUACCCGCGGACCAACGCGUCGACGGUAUCGGUCAUGGUCGACGCCGUCGCGGACGGCGCCUCGGCGGCCGUCGCCUCGCCCCUGUGGCUCCUCGAGCUCGCGGAUCGCACCGCCGAGUCGGAGACGCGCCGCUACGUCGAUUCGUUGUUCCGCCUCCACUUCGUGCCCACGUCCGUGCUUCGGCUCCAGGCCGCGCUCCUUCGGGCCGCGUUCCCGCCGGACCCGGCGAAGCCGCCGCUCGCGCGGAGCCCGCGUUUCGUCAUCUACUACAGCCGCGCGGACUGCGACAAGCGCCACGUCCGCUCCGAGGAGGCGCUCGUCACGGCGCUGACGGCGCGCUUUUCCGGCCGCAUCGACGUCCUUCCCUGGCAGGGCGGCGCGUCGCCCGACGUCGAGCGCGCCGCCCGCGACUGGAGCCGCGCGGCCCUCGUCGUCGGCCCCCACGGCGCGGGCCUCGCGAACAUGAUCCACUGCCUGCCGGGCACGACGGUCCUCGUUCUCCCCGCGGCCGACGGUGGAGGCGUCGGCGCGCCGUCCGCGUCCGACGAGUACUUCGCCCACUUCGCGCUCGCGCUCGACCUGGACUUGAACUUCUUCCGCAUCGAGGAGCCCCCGUUGAUGUUCUCCAACUACUCGUCCUUUUCCGCGUCCGAGAUCGACGCGAUCGUGGACGCGUCGGAGAGGGCCGUCUUUCCGAGGGUGCGGAGCUAA